AUGGUUCAGUCACCAAUUAAACACAUACCUGGAUCACUGCAACAGCCCAAACCUGAAUCUCAAUUGCCACCACAGCCAAAGGCUCAGUCACUAACUAAAGUUAAUGUUGAAACACCCGCUCAAUCCAAGGCGCAAGCCCAACCUCAAUUACAACCUACAGCUCAAUCACCAACUCAGCCUAUAGUUCAGUCACCAGUCCAACCCAAAGUCCAACCAGUGUUCCAACCCAAAUCUCAGACACAGUUAUCUCCACAGCACCAUCCUCAGGUUCCGGUCUCAUCGUCUCCCACGGCCCAAACAGUGCCACAGUCCAAGACUGAAUCUUCCGCACAGGCAAGACCUCACACUCAACCACUUAACCCACCAAAGACUGAAACCCAGUCUCCUUUGCAACAGAAAUCUCAACAGUCCCAGACUAUUCUCGUCUCUCAAGUCAAUGUGUUGCCUCAAACCCAGGCUGAGUCACCAGAUCUUAAUAUCAAACCUCCUGCUCUGGCUCAAGCACCUCCCCAGGCCUACACAGAGGCCUACACUAAGGCACAGGCUUUAGCUAGAAAUGGCUUUGAGGAGGCCAAACACUGCCUGCAGGCGCACAUCCUGGAAGCUAUCAAUGUCUUCAAAGACAGGCGUGUAUCAGCUGAGCAAGCUUCAGUAAAGGAGAAAACUCUGAGGACAUUGGAUCCAGAGUUGCUGGAGGAGUUCUUGCGAGCAGCUAAUGGCAUGGAGGCCUUUUGUACCCCCUCACAGCUCAGAGAUAUGGAGUUCUUCACCCAAUCUGUCAGGACACAGUGGGAGGCUUGCUUCUCAGCGGACUUUGCUGAAGCAGAACAGCACCUGCAGGCACUGAAAGAGUUGUGUGACACCCUAAGCCCGGAGGAUGCUCACCGCUUGGCUCAGACGCAGCUGAGGGAGUGUGAAAAGAGGCUGGCUGCCAUCCAGCAUCAGUUCAGUGGAGAUCAAGACGCACCACUCCCUGAAUCUAGGAUUCCUGUUGCCUUCACUGAGGAUCCCAACACACAGAAGGAGCCUACCAAACCAAGUGAUGAACCUCAGGCCUUAGCUGAGGUGACCCAGGUGACAGUGAAGACAGUUGCUGUGGAGAGAAGGGAGGCUGAAAAGCAGACGUCUGUGGAGGAAGAAGUAACCAAAAAGGAAGCUUUAGAAAGAUAUGAGAAUGCUAAGAGGGCUCUGCAAGCCCAACUAGCUAAAAAUGAACAGAGCAUCAAGGAUGUCCCCUCUGACUCAGUCUCUCUGAAAGGCCUGCAUACACGGCUCCAGGAAAUACAGUUCUUGAGACAAGAGACUGAGUGUCUUUGGUCUGAGUAUGCACACCAGUGCUCUCAGUGUUCCCAGCUGAGUGGAAACACUUCUCUGGAGCAGGAGAAAGCAGAGCUGCAGGAGCAGUGGCGCACCCAGCAGUCCAACCUUCAGAGGAGAGGCAGCUCACUGGGCUCUGCACUCAGGCAGAUUGACUCCACUGAGAAUCACAUGGUGGACUUCACCGACCGCCUGGACCGUUAUCUGAGACAGCCCAAAGACAUCACUGGCUUCACACUGGCCAACACUAACAUUCUGAAAGAUAUAAAGGAACUGGAUGACAACAUACAGAGCGAACUGGACCAGUUGUCCCGUCUGGACCCCGAAUCCAGCGACUUGGAUCCCAGAGAGCGCUUCCCGCUGUCCCGUGAGUUUGAGGCUCACAAAACCAGCUUGGAUCAACUCCGGCAGCAAGUCCGGAAGAGCGAAGCAGCUGCCCGUGCCCUCGACCGAUUUCUUAUGUCGCUGCGCACUGUGGAUGAGGAUAUCUCAAGUAUCCCAGGUCCACCCUGUAGUGACACUGUGGUACUGCAGGAAUGCCGCUCCAAGUUGGCUCUGAUCAGGCAGAGCAUUGACAGUUUGAAAGAGAAAGCCCCUCAGCUGGAUCUACUCCUGCAGGGAGCUCGGCUCACGGUCACAAGGGAUGGUAUCCCAGCCUCCUGCCUCGAUAUGGUGAAUGUCCUGGUGAGAAGGCUGGAUGAGGCUGACAGUGGGCUUGUCAGCCAGCAGAAGGUCCUUCAGAAGGAGACCCAAAGCAAAACCCUGGGCCUGAGGAAGAGGACGAUGCUGGGGGAGAUGAAGAAGCUGCAUGAUACAAUUGAAGCACAAGGCCUCAAAGAGCCCACCAUGCCUGCUUUGCAGCACAGGCUUCGUGCCCUCUCGGAUUUAGAAGGCCAGCUGCAGGCUCAGGACUGUGAGCUUCAGAGCCUCCGUGAAGUCCAAGAGAAGCAGGGAGGAGGAGAAAAUCUCCUUCAGGAGCUGGAAGCUCAGUGGAAGGAGACUCAGCAGGCUUUUUCUGACAGGAGGAACCAGUACAGCACACUGUUGGAGCUUCUGAAGAAGUUUCAGACCUGCCGGAGUCUCCUGAGGAGCACCAUCCAGAAAGCAGAGCAGGCAAUCAGCGAUAAGGCGUCCUACAUGGGGAAAGACAACCUGCAGAGGAGUAUGGCAAAGGUCUGUGAUAUUAAGGAGGAGCUGGCUGGUCUUGCGGGGCCGAUGGAAGAGAUGAAAAGUGUUUGCAAACAGCUGCAGUCUGAACUGAAGAAGUUUCCAGACUGCAGUGAAUCUCCAUUUGAAGCAGAGGCCGACACGCUGAUGGACAGCUGGCUGGACGUGACAGAGAAGACAGAUGCCUACAUGGAUAACCUGCGAGUGGGCCUGGAGCUGUGGGAGAAGCAGCUGAUGCUGGGAGGAGAGGUGGACAGCUGGGCCGGGGCCAAACUGGCCCUGUUUGCAGAGAGCCAUACUUUCUACAAUGAGCAACAAGUACUCACCAUGAAGGAUGAAAUCCAGGCCAAUGAGGAGAACAUCACUCAUUUUCAUAAGAAGUCUAUUGAGAUCCAGGAGAUGCUGCAAAGUCAGGAAGCUCCACUGGAGCUACAGGUAAUGGAAACCCAGCUGAGAAAGAGAAUGGAGCAGGUGAAGGAACUGUUUUCUGACUGCACAGAUGUCUUUGAGGAGCUAAUCGCUGUGAAGAAGCAUCUAGCCGAGAAGGUAGAGGAUUGUCAGACAGCGGUAGAGAACAUCCAGAGUCGUAUCAAUGAGAUUAAUGCUUCAGGUCCAAAUGUGGAAGCCCAGAUACAGGAUCUGUGCAACGACCUGGAGUCUCAGGAAGAGCAGGCUGAGGCCGUGUUGAAGGAGGUGGGAUUGGUUUCCAGUGUGGCCAGCCCUCAAGUGCUUGAGGCACUCUCUGUUGACUGCAGCAGGCUAACGGAGGCCAUCUCGCGCACGAAAGACAUGAUCCAACUGAAGAGAGAGGAGAGGGACAAAGGCCUGCUCAAGGUUAUCGGAGAUGAAAAGCAGUCAUUCGAGGAAUGGUUCCAGGACUUGCAGCUAGCUGUCAACGAGUGCUUCGAGAACCCUGAGAGUAGAACAGAUGUGGAGACAUUUUUGCAAAGACUGGCUAGUUUCUUAAAGUCCAAGGAUGCAGAGAGACGUCUUGACCAACUGAAAGAUCAGCUGGAGAGAGGCAGGGAGCAGGUUCCACCUCAGCAGCUCUCUGAGUUUACUGGGUGGAUGCAGGAGCAGCAAGAGGAAGUGGUCACGUUCAGAACCCACUGCCAAAACCGGCAGAAACAAAUGGAGUCAGUGCUCAGCGACUUAGACAGUCUGCAGAAGCAGCACGACAGCCUCCGUCAGUGGCUUCAGAACAAAGAAAAACUCUCUGUGGUGCCUGAGAAAGUCAAACAACUUCUGAAAGACCUUCAGGAUGAGAGUGGAAGAGCCGAGACCCUCAGUGAGCUGCUGGCAUCAAUACGCAGACAAGGUGUCAGAUCUGAGAGCCUCCUGAAGGACGCUGAUAACUUGAUACAGCGCUACAGAAAACUGGAGGGCAGGAUGCUGAAUCAGGCUGAGGCCCAGAGUGUGUUGGAUGGAGAAUACAAUGUGUUUAAUACUCAGGCAGAGAGCACCAGGACCUGGAUCAGUGACCUAUCACAGCCUCUCACCACUCCAGACAGAGACACCAACAUGGAGGAGAUGAAGUCCAAAGCACAAGCUAUCCUUAGCUGCAAACCUGAGGGAGACUUUAAAGUGAGCAGCCUGAGACAACAAAGCGAAAGUCUGUGUGAGAAGGAAGGCCUGGACGAGUCCAGGAAACAAAGUGUCCAGCUGUUAGUUAGAGACACAGAGAAACAGUGGACGACAGCCGUGCAGGCUGCUCAGGAGGCUCUCAGAAAGGCAGAGACACAAGCCAUUUUAGAAAAAAACGUUGAAGCUUUCCAAACCCACAAUGAAAGUGUCCAGUCCUGGAUCAGAGACCAGGACCAGAACCUCAAGUCUAUCGGUGGUCACGCGCAAGCUGAAGAAAAGCUACAGGCUGCACAAGCUUUCCUGAGCUCCAAGCCUAAUGGAGAGUCAAAGCUCCAAGAGCUUAAGCAACUGUGCCAGAGUCUGUGUGACAACCAGAGUUUGGAUGAGAGCAGGAAACAAGAGCUUCAUGACACAGUCAAACACACAGAAGAGCAGUGGAGGAAAGCCUUGCAGGGUGCUGAAGAGGCUCUUAAACAGGCAGAGACUGAAGAGGCCACUAAAAGAGAUUUUGAUGCUUUCAAAACUCAAAGUGAAACAAUCCAAUCCUGGAUCAAAGAGCAGGAGCAGAAACUGCUGUCCCUCGGUAGUCAUAUGCACUUUGAAGAAAGGUCCCAGAUAGUACAGGCUGUCAUGACUUCCAAACCUGAAGGAGAGUCCCAGUUGCUCGACCUGAAGAGACGGGGUAAGAAUCUGAGCAAGCUCUUGGAAGACAGUAGGAAACUAGAGGUUCAGCAGCUAGUAACAGUCACAGAGCAGCAGUGGACGACAGUUCAACAGGCCGUCAAACAAGCAGAAGUCAGGAGUCUUUCUGAUGACUUUGACGUCCAGUUUAAAAACACAGAGAUGUGGAUCAAAGAGAAGCAACAGAAGCUACAGGCUGUGGGCAGUCACACAACAGCUGAAGAGAGAUGCCACACAGCACAGGACCUCUUGACCUUGAGGCCUGAAGGUGACUCUAAGGUGAACAACCUGAGGAGACGAGGACAGAGUCUGUGUGACCACAAAGAUGCUGGUGAGGGCAGGAAAGAGCAGGUCAAGCAGACAGUCAGAGACGUGGAGGAGCUGUGGAGGGCAGCUCUGCAGGAUGCUAAACAGCUUGAAGCCGCAGCAGAAGCUGAGAUUGCCCAAGAGACUGAGAGGAGAAGGUUGGAGUUGCAAGAAUUUAAUACCUGUCAGCGGGAAACUGAUGGCUGGCUAAAAGACCUCGAACAACAGCUGAACUCUUUCGGCAGUGAAGUCGAGAACAGACUGCAUGUAGCACAGGCCAUUAUGAACUUCAAGCUUCAAAAUCUCAAGAUAAAAGCCCAGAGUUUGCUUGAUCACGAGUAUGAUGAACAUAAAAAACAAGAGAUUCAACAAAAAGUAAGAGACACUGAGGAACGGUGGAUCAGACUCCAGAAAGACGCUAAAGAAGUAAUGGUUCUGGCUGAAAGGCAACGUGCUCUCGACGGCCAGCUGCAAGGCUUUGAAGCUACAAGAGAAAAGACCAGAGUGUGGCUGGAAGAGAAGCAGCAGAGCCUUGUCUCUCUGACCAGUCAGAAAGACCCAGAACAGAUCAUAAGCACUGCACAGACCAUCCUGAGCUGCAAGCCUGAGGGAGACUCUAAGCUGGAAGAACUAAAAAGACUAAGCCAGAGUCUGUCUGACCAAGAGGACUUAGCUAAGACUGUGAGCCAAAAGGCUCUGCAAGCAGUGAAAGACUCAGAGGAGCAGUGGAAGACAGUCCUGGAAACUGCUGAGAACACUCUGCAAAAAGCUGAGGUCCAGUACUUGCUCUCCAAAGAGCUAGGGGCUUUCCGUGCUCAUGUGGGAAGCACUAAAGCUUGGAUUACAGGCCUGCAGAAACAAGCUGAUUCCAUGGGGAUGAGCACUCAGGGCAGCAAGGCUCAGUUACAGGACAGACUGAGUGCAGCACAGGCCAUCUUGAGAUCAAAGUCAAGUGGUGAGACACAACUGUUGGAGCUGAAGAGGCGAGCGCAGAGUCUCUGUGACCACACUGACCUGGAGAAGGACAAGAUGCUGGAUGUUCAGCAGACAGUCAGAGAUGCAGUGGAGCAGUGGGGGGCAGUGCUGCAGGCUGCUGAGGAGACACAAAGCAAGUUGCAGAGUGUUGUGGAACGCCUGGUGUCCUGUCAGUACCAGCGAGACCAGGCUGUGGCCCGUCUGGCUGAGCUUCAGAAGCAAACAUCCAACCUUCCACGUGUCUUCCCCUGGCCAGGCCUGGGAGAGCGGAGGCAAGCUGUGGAAGAGGCCCGAGCCCUGGUUGAUCAGAUAACAGCCUUAGCCCCCGUCCUCUCAAACAUCCGCACACAGGCUGCAGAGCUGGUUGAAAUCACACAGGACCAAAGCUGGUCUGACCCCACCUGGACAGCUAAGGAGGAGUCUAUCCCUGCUCUGCUGAAAGAGCUCACUGAUACAGUAGCCAACCUGGAGCAGGGCAUUGUGACAGAGCGGCAGUGCACACAGCUAGUGGAGCAGCAUGAAGCAGCUCAGGACUGGCUGAGGGAGCAGGUUAAAAGCCUGGGACCUCCUCCUGCAGACAGACAGAGUCUGCACAGUGCUGUGAACACCCUUAAGGCUUUGCUCCAGACAGUGGACAGAGAGCAGAGAGAGAUGAAGGAGCUGGACUCUGCCAGAGACAGUUUGCGGAGCCUCUGCACUCCUGGGGGUCAGGAUGCCCUGACCCUAGAGGUUAGCCAUCUCCAUGACCUGUGUUCUGUCUCAGAGCAGGAGGUAAGGGAGCAUCUGAGGGCCUGUGACACACAACUGAAAGAACUGGACAGUCAGUUGGCCAAAAGGACCCAGGGGCUGAAAGAGGGAAUUGCAGCCCUGCAGUGGGAGCUCCGCUCUCUCGACCAGGCACUCAGUUACAGUGAACCACAAAACAAUAUCACUCAACUUGAACAGCACUGGCACAGCCUACAGAAUUGUGAGAAGUCACUAGAGGAUUCGGGUGUGAAAAUUCAUGACCUGCAACAGGAAGUAAACUUGGCAUUUUCUACCAAUGAGCUGCCAGCAGAAAUCAUCAGUGGGGUUGACUCGUUAUGGGAGCAGCAUGCCAGCCUAAAAUCUAGGCUGAGUGAGCAUCAGGUUACCUGCUGCACAAACACAGCAACAUGUCUCAGGGACUGUCUUCAUGUUCUGCAAAAAUGGAACCACAGCAGAUCAUCUGCGUCACUUUCCUCUGUGCAGGUCUCUUUUAUUCUUAUUUGAGUAACACGCUGAUUUUAUUACUGUUCCUAAAUAUUAAUAAUGGACAUUAAUAUUUUGCCUGAGUACUGUAUGUUUUCUUAAUAUCAGACAUAUGUCACAACCACUUUUAACAGUUUUUCCUUCUGAUGUUAGGAGAUGUUAGAGGAAG